AAUGUUCUAAACAACUUUAAUUUUUUAUUAUUGUUGAAAUAAAUUAUUUAAUAUGUCUGCUGCAUCAGAUGUGAAUUUAAAACAAUCUUUAAGAAAAGUUGAAUAUCCACAGUGUGCCAAAGAAGCUCUUAACAAAAUAGUUGAAUUAAUAUGUGGUCGCAUAACCAGCAUAAAACAUAUGGAUUUAGCACUGGAUUUAAUGGCUGAAUUCAUAUUUUAUGAAGUUGAUCGAAGAGGAAAUAAACGGCCACAACCAAUAACACCACUACAGGAAUUACAAUUAUUGGAAAUACUAUAUGAAUUCUUUAACGGUUUUUCAAAUGAAGCUGCCAGAAACACAGUAUUUUUAUCACUGUUCAGUGGGACAACAGCAAUGUUAAGAUCAAACAUUUUAAGUAAAUUGAUUUCAAUUGGUGUGGGAAUACCAUCUCCAGUUAUACUAAUAUCAGCUAGUACAUGGAUGCAACAAUUGGGCUGCUUAUCAGUUAACAGCUGUAAAUUAGCAGAUGUUUUAGUACAUGAUUACUUUCAUCUCAUACCUAAUGCCAUAGAAAGACUGAAGAAUUUGCCUGAUAUAUCACCUCAAUUCACAGCUAACUUUUUAACAGCAGUUGCUGAAAAUUUUUACUUAGAUAAAAAGGAAAAUAUGUUUCCUCCAAAAGUAUUAUUAGAAGUCAUAACUAUGUGGAUUUCAGAAAACAGCUCAUUAUGUAUAGCUGCACAACAAAAGCAAGCUGCUCUACCACCAGGGGCUAUUGCCAUGGAAGUGACAACACCAAUUGCAGGAUUGUUGAGAUGGUGUAUUUUAGCCCCCUUGUAUGAUCAAGAAUCGGAAUUAUAUUCUCAUUUACAUUUGGCAUUGCUUAAUAGCAUCUCUGAAAUUCCACACACAGUUCCUCCCAAAGCAAUUUAUGCUCAGCAUACAACAAUUCCUAUAAAUUAUAUUAUGCUUUAUGUCAAUGAUUUAAAGAAAAAUGGUUUAGAAAUGCCUAUGAUUACCCAGGAUAAGAAAUUACAACUAGCUUUGGACAGAUACUCCCAGGCAAUUCAAGUGGCUCUUUCAGUUAAAGUUGUGUAUGGACAUAUAGAUGAUCUCAUGAUGCAGCUGCAGCAGUUGCCUUAUAAUAAGUUGUUAAGUAUUGUUAUAAACACUCAUAAACAAAUUAAAUAAAUUAUUUUACAGUU